GACGACCGUGGUGCGGUAUUCUCAUGUUUCUCGCCCCCUCAAUCACCGUGGUGGCUUGUUAUAUGCACCAUCAACUGUAAACCCUCAGUGGCCGAUAUAAUCUCGAGUUGUACUCGAUCUAGCCCGCCAUCACACUGCAAACUGAAGACAUAUCCGCCGUCGCCAUGCCAGUCAUCUACAUACGCAACGACGUUCUCGACGUCAACCCGCCGGCAGGCGACAGCCACCUGUCCACGGGAGGUUCCGACUGGCUUUGGGCCGUGACGGCCAUCUACACCGUCUGCUUCCUUGGCUACUUCGCCCUCAGCCUCAAGCCGCGUCAUGGCGAGAAGAUCUUCCAUUACCUCUUCACCAUUGCGCUGCUGGUCGGUGCUGUCGCCUACUUCGCCAUGGCAUCGGACCUCGGUUUUUCUGUUGUCGUGACGUCCCUAAACAGAGACGAUGCCGCCACGUACCAGGUCUUCUUUGUCAAGUACAUCAACUGGGUUGUCUCGUUUCCCGUUGUCAUCAUUGCGCUUGGAUUGCUCAGUGGUGUAAGCUGGGCGACCAUUUUCUUCAAUGUUGCCCUUGCUUGGACUUGGAUCAUCACCUAUCUCUGUUCCGCAUACGUCGCUACCUCGUACAAAUGGGGUUUCUACGCCUUUGGCACCGUCGCCUGGCUGCUCCUCGCCAUGCAAACCCUCUGGAUCGGCCUCACGUCCGCGACCCGCGUGAAUGUCCGCCGCGACUACGUCUUGAUGGCCGGCUGGCUCAACCUGCUGUGGUUGCUGUACCCCAUCGCCUUUGCCGUCUCGGACGGCGGCAACACUAUUAGCGUCACCAAGAGUCUCGUCUACUUUGGUAUCCUUGAUGUCCUCAUGAUUCCCGGCCUCGCGUUUGUGUUCCUGUUCCUCUCCCGCAAGUGGGACUAUGGCAAUUUGAACCUGCACUUUACGCAGUACGGCCGUGUCGCUGGUCGGGACGGCGUGUUCCCCGAGAAGGCACCCGCACCGGCUACGAGUGCACCGGCUACAAGUGCGCCGGGCACGAGUGCGCCAGCGACGACACAGCCCGGUGUUGCACCCAAGGACGAAUGAACCCAGUCCAGGAUGACGGACAAUAUGUCAGACAAGCUGGAGGAGAGUGAGAGGAGAAUGAUGAUACCGUCGGAUGCUGAAAUGCUGGAAUGAUGGAAAUGGCUCGCUCGUUGGAUUCUAAUUGCGCAAUGUUGAAGAUGGAUUUGAGAUACCCUCGUUUGAACGGGAGCAGGAUACCCGCCAGUUCUGCACACAGAAUACCCUUGGAAAUUACUGCAACAAUAAUAACUAAUAAAAUCUGCUUAUUUACUAUCCUUGAAAA